CCGCUAGGCGGUCCAAUGGUGCGCUGCACAUUUGUUUCAGAUGAGAAUGAGCCUCCAUCACUGGCAGCUGAUUUCCAGCAUCGCAUUCGUCUCAUGAUCGCUGUUUAGAACCGAACCGACCCGACCCGAAUACUAAAACAAAACAUCCAGUGAGACAUGGCACGAGACAAAAAGGACAGAGACAGCUGGGUGGUUAAAAUCAGAAGUGAUCUGACUGUGUGUGAAGUGAUGUGCAUUGAUGCCAGUGACCCACAUAAGCAGAUCUCUGUACAUCUGCUACAGGCCUGGUCUUUCGGGGAUAAGAACGUGUAUGACUGGAGCUCAGAGGAGGAGGAGACAGACGGACGGGCGCGGCCAGUGCAGGUGUUGGUGGUGAAAGAUGACCACACGUUUGAGCUGGACGAGGCAGCACUCAGUAAGAUCCUGCUGGCUGAAGAGGUUAGAGACAGAGAGGUGGUGGCCAUCUCUGUGGCAGGAGCCUUCCGCAAGGGCAAAUCCUUCCUCAUGGACUUCAUGCUGCGUUACAUGUACAGCCAGGCCAGCGAUACGUGGCUGGGGGACCCAGAUGAGCCGCUGACGGGAUUCUCAUGGAGAGGAGGCUCAGAGCGGGAGACCACUGGCAUUCAGAUCUGGAGUGAAGUCUUCCUGGUGGACAAACCAGAUGGUAGCAAGGUGGCAGUGCUGCUAAUGGACACACAGGGGACCUUUGACAGCCAGUCCACUCUCCGUGACUCAGCUACUGUAUUUGCCCUCAGUACCAUGAUAAGCUCUAUGCAGGUGUAUAACAUAUCUCAGAAUGUUCAGGAAGAUGAUCUUCAGCAUCUGCAGCUUUUCACUGAAUACGGCAGACUGGCCAUGGAAGAAACAUUUCUCAAACCAUUUCAGUCAAUGAUCUUUCUGGUGCGGGACUGGAGCUUUCCAUAUGAGUUUCCCUAUGGACAGGAAGGAGGAAUGAAAUUUCUGGAGAAAAGAUUAAAGAUCUCAGAGAAUCAACACGAGGAGCUGCAGAACGUGAGGAAACACAUCCAUUCCUGCUUCACCAACAUCUCCUGCUUCCUCAUGCCACACCCGGGACUCAAGGUGGCCACAAACCCACACUUUGAUGGCAGAUUGAGGGAGAUCGAUCAAGAUUUUAUCAAUAAUCUGCAAGUGCUUGUUCCGUGGUUACUACGCCCCAAAAACCUGGACGUGAAAGAGAUAAAUGGAAGCCAAAUCACCUGCCGUGGACUUCUGGAGUACUUCAAGGCAUAUAUCAAGAUUUACCAGGGAGAAGAGCUGCCACAUCCAAAAUCCAUGUUACAGGCCACAGCAGAAGCAAAUAAUCUGGCUGCAGUGGCUGCAGCUAAAGAUCUAUACAACAAGAAGAUGGAGGAGGUGAGCGGAGGAGAUCGGCCUUUCCUCGCACCAAGCGUGCUGCAGGCGCGUCACUUGGGCAUCCGUGAGGAGGCGGUGACGUUGUUUCGCAGCGUGAAGAAAAUGGGUGGGGAGGAGUUUAGCCGGCGUUACCUGCUGCAGCUGGAGGCGGAGAUCGACGAGCUGUUUGUGCAGUACAUCAAACACAACGACUCCAAGAACAUCUUCCACGCGGCACGAACACCCGCAACGCUGUUCGUGGUGAUCUUUGUGAUGUAUGUGGCCGCAGGGAUCACGGGGUUCGUGGGUGUUGACAUCAUCGCAAGCAUCUGCAACAUGGUGCUGGGCUUCGCGCUCAUCACUCUGUGCACCUGGGCGUACAUCCGCUACUCAGGAGAAUACAGAGAACUGGGCGCCGUCAUUGAUCAGGUGGCCGGAGCGCUCUGGGAUCAGGGAAGCACAAAUGAGGCUCUGUAUAAGCUGUACAGUGUAGCAGCAAACCACAGGCAGUUGUAUAAUCACGCCUUCCCUGGACACCAGACUGACCAACAGCCCGAGCAGGACAAGAAACAAAACUGACCCCACACAGUUCACGCAGACGCACUGUGGACAGUGACAGUGAAGCGUACAGUCAGAGAGAGAAAGAGACGCGGGACUGUUCAACGCUACAACAGGAACAUAUCGCCACAAUCACCCACCACAGCAACAUUCUGCACCUACAGCUCAGGCCCACGGUCAGACAGUGUGGAGAAUCAGACUGAAAAGAUUCUGACUGUGUUGAUUGUGCCUGCGUUAGAAAAUCACAGUAUUAGUUCUGACAGUUCACCAUUUUGCCAUCUUCUCACUGUAAAUACUGUUUCUCUCUCUGACACUCACAUGAAAGCAGUCUGUGCUUAUUUUGUAAUGGAUGUCGUAUGUUGAGUUCAGUGCUAUUUAUAAGGGAAUAAAAUACUACAUGUUUAAAAACACAA